GAAAGUCUCUGUCCGCCUCGACGACCGGGAGCGGCGCAGGGGGUGGCGGUACCGGUGGCGGCGGGGGCGGCGGCGGCGGCGGCGGAGGAGGAGGAGGCGGAGGAGGCAGCGGUGGCGGCAGUAGUGGUGGUGGUAAUAACGGUGGUGGCGGUACUAGUAGCGGUAAUGGUAGUGGUAGCGGCGGCGGCAGCGGCGGCGGCGGCGGUGGUGGUUCCACCGCGGCCGCCGGCGGGGCUGCCGGGGGCGGUGGCGGCGGAGGCGGCAGCGGCUCCCUGAGCGGCGGCGGAAUCGUCGCCGUGAAGCAGGAGACCAACGUCGAGCUCGCCGGCCUGGGCCACGGCUCGUACACGAUGGUUGACUCGACGACCUUCCUUAGCGGGCAGCAACAGAGGGUCAGCAACCCGUCUGAGGAUGACGAAGUGCCGAGUCUGCCCA